GACAGGAUGGCGCUCAGCUGAUGGUCCCAGUUCAUGGCACAGCUGCAGAAGGGUCUGCAGAAGUCAUCCGGGGUGUCCAACUCUAACAAGACAAGUGAUUUCAGACAGAUGGUGUCCUCCAGAACAGCAGGCGGCGCUAACACUGACAGGUCACUGACAUCUAAAAUCCCAAAGGGCGAAAAGAAGAAGAACGGCGCACUUAAACAAGGACGUAGACCCGCCGCGAUGACAGAGGCAUUGAAUGCGGACAAAGUUAAAUGGUCACUGGACAGUUGUCUGACCAAAUUAGGAUUCGAAGUUUACCCUUUAAAGGUUGGUUGGUAUAACGCUCUGCUCCCUCCUUCCCUGCACCUGGAUUACCCAGACGCCACCUUGGCUGUUGUAGUUCUCAGCACUCCUGACAUGUUUGAACGAGCCUUCCUGCCCUUCUUGGAGAACAGGCUCUUCCAGAGGCUGUCUGACCCCGUGGACCAGUGUGUCAAACACUACAUCACCUGUGCCAUCUCCCAGACUUUCCCAUCACAAAGGGUUGAUGUCAGGUAUGACUAUGAGCUGCUACCCAGUCGGAAGCCCAAGUUCUUAGCCCAGACCGCUGCUCAUGUAUCUGGAGCUGCGUUCUACUACCAACAGUCGGAUGUCAAAGAUCAACCCUGGGGUGACAAGAAAAUGUUUGGAGUGUGUGUGCAUCCUAGGUUGGGUGGAUGGUUUGCCAUCAGAGCCCUGCUGGUGUUUGAAGAUUUGACGAUCGGCUCUGAGAUGGUGCAGCAGUUUCCCAAGGACUGCGUCCCGUCAAGAGAGGAAAGGAUCCGGUUGCUGGAGGCUUUCAAUUUUUGCUGGCAGGACUGGAGCUAUAGAGAUAUCGUCCCUCCAGUACAGACAUACUCCCAGAAACAAAAGGACUACUUCUCCACCAAGCCUGCAGAGCGCUUCAAGCUUCUAAAGACUUGGGGUUUCCUGUUAACCGAGGAAGAUCGGCCUGAUCAGACCUUAGACACGCAGAACCAGACGAACGGACACGGCUGAGCUGCACAUGUGCGAGUUCUCCUCUUUGAGCAGAGCCAACAGAGGCUGAUCAACUGCACUUAAAAACAGACUCUCAUGAAAGGCAUUUUUCAUUAAUUUCAGAAAAUCUUUUAUAUAAGGCUACUAUGUCUGUAAUACUUCUUAAAAAAAGCUCUAAUUUAUUUCAAUAAAAGCAAAUGAAACGCAA